CACAUGAUCAAUGCUGAUUGGUCUAUACUGCCUGUCAAUCAGCCGGGCGGAAGCAGGGGCUUAGCCAACCGCAGGCUGCUGCUGUACCGGGACUAGCAGACAUGAACUCCUUGGAACAGGCCGAAGACCUAAAGGCUUUUGAGAGAAGACUGACAGAGUAUGUCUCCUGUUUGCAACCUGCUACAGGCAGGUGGAGAAUGAUUCUGAUUGUGGUUUCUGUCUGUACGGCCACUGGGGCUUGGAACUGGUUAAUAGACCCCGACACACAGAAGGUUUCUUUCUUUUCAUCACUGUGGAAUCAUCCCUUCUUCACCAUCAGCUGCAUCACUCUUAUAGCUCUCUUCUUUGCUGGGAUUCACAAACGAGUUGUGGCACCAUCAAUUAUUGCUGCUCGCUGUCGGACAGUUUUAGCGGAAUACAACAUGUCCUGUGAUGAUACGGGAAAACUUAUUCUCAAGCCACGACCGAACAUCCAGUAACCAAAGGCUUAGUGUGGAGGACAGAUAAUGUACCUGGUUGCUGCUGGCUGCUGAUCACUCCAUGUCUCAAGUCCUAUGAUUGGUCUGAACUGCAUAAAGGAGAACAGCACUCAUACAGAAGCUACAUUCAUAGAUAUGUGUCUGAUGAAGGAAGAAAUGAACUGAAAGGGGCCUUUUAACUGUGUUGCUGGUCGAUCUCACCACUGCAGAAGCUGAUUGAUCUGCUCAUUAGUUUUUGAUAUAUUGUUUAUUUCUGAUGUUGAGCUUGUAUUUUAUCUAAAUGUUUCUAUUUUUAAAGUUAUUUACCAAAUAAAUACUUCAAAUGUGAA